UCUCAUUCUCGAUCGAUCAACUCAAUCACAACACCACAGCAACCUCCACCAUCAUUCCUUGCCUACGCUUCCUCAUGGCGGCCGCCACCAAGAACAAGAACCAGCCCCCACCACCAGCACCAGCGCCAGCGCCAGCGGCGAAGUUCGAGUGGGCGGAGAAGGCCGGCAGCUACGUGCUCCGGCUCACCCUCCCGGCGGGCUUCAACAAGGACGACUUCCGUGUGCAGGUCGACGGCGCCGGGAGGCUCACAGUCCGCGGCAGCCGUCCCGCCACCGCCGCCGCUGGCCCUGGCCCUGGCUCGUUACACAAGGUCUUCCAGCUGCCCUCCACCGCCAACCUCGACGAGAUUGCCGGCAGGUUCCAAGCCGGCGUGCUCACCCUCACCAUGCCCAAGCGCGCGUCACCAUUGGCCCCGGCGCCGACGAGCAUCGAGGAGAUUAAGAGGAAGCCGGAUGUUGGAAAGGAGACCAAGGCCAACGAAGAAGAUGCGUUGAAGAAGGCGGCCAUGGACAGGAAGGCUCAGCAACAAAACCAGCACGAGGAAGAGGAGAAGGCUAAGUCACGGAAGCAAGAGCAGCAGAAGCCAGCCCUACCACCGGCGAUGGUGAAGAAGGAACAAGAAGUGAAGCCCAAGGCACCUCUGGUGGCAACGGUGCCACCGCCGGUGAAGAAGGAAGAAGAAAUGAAGCCAGCCCUACCACCGGCGCCCAAGCCCGAGGCUGCGACCGUCGUGGACAAGGCCAAGCCGACGGUUGCCCAAGAGAGCCCAGCCGAGACGGUGAGGCGACCCGGCGAGGAAGAGCAGCGCGCCAAGGCUGCGGCCGACAAGCAAGUGAAGGCGGACCGAGAGAAGAAGGUGCUGGCCGCGGUCAGCGGUUGGAAGGAGCGCUCAAUGCGGGAGCUCAAGGGGUUGACAGACAUGAAGUGGGCAGAGGGGUUGACGGACAUGAAGUGGGCGGACGGCGUGGUGGAGGCGGCGAGGAACAACAAGGAGGUGGUGGCUGUCGGCAUCGCCGCCUUCUCCCUUGGAUUCCUCGUUUCCCAGAAGCUCUUCAGGAAGUGAGCAUU